ACAGGCCCGAUGAAACAGAGUGAAGAAGAGCAUCACAGCAGAGAAGAGGACGAGUACGUUGAAGAGGAAGAUGAGGACUUCAAUCCGGACGAAGUAGACGGUGGCGAUGACGGCGAUGACGGUGGCGAUGACGGUGACGAGGAUGAGUACAAGAGGAGCGAUGAUGAGGAGACAGAGAGACAGGUCAAGAGUGCCAAUUACUCAAAGAUUGAGAGUAGCGAAGGCGGGCUGAUAAAGACGAGAAGGCAGAGGCAGCUGGAGACCCAUGAACGAGAAUACAAGUCAGUGCUGAACUUGAGAGGAGAUGUUGACGUUGACGAAGCGUGGUUGAAAUUACAGAAGGCAUCUUCUGACAGGCUCCGGUGUCGAUACAGUGCCAACGUGACAAGGAUCUCACACCAGGGAGAGCCCAGGGAGGAGGAACUGGCGCAUGAGAGGAUCAAGAUUAAGAGGAAAUACGACUACGCUGGAGAGACGGUUAUCGAGGAGAAGUGGGUGGACAGGGAGUCUGCUGAGGCCCAGGAGUACUUGAACGGUCUGAAGGACGAGGAGAGGCUAAAGGUUGAAAGCUCAACGUCUAUGCACAAGAAGGAACAAGACAAGAAGCCCACCAAUGUCAACGAACGCGGUGAAAAGCUGCGGAUCGUCAGGAAGAGACCUCCAUUGUUGGAGGGGAUCAUCAACGGUUCUAUAAAACCAAAGUUUAACACCUUGGAGAAGUCCAAGCUCGAUUUUGCACAGUUUGUCGACAAAGAAGGCAUAAACGAUGAGCUGGUUCAACAUAACAAGGACGGAUAUCUGGCUAAACAGGACUUCCUCAGCCGGGUCGAGUUCCACAGGGAUACACAGAUGAAAGAGAUGAGGCACAAGGAGCUGAAUAAGAAAAAGUGAACUCUUGGUCGUGCUAGGGUGUCUUUAAGGUCAUAAUUCAAUGUUGAGUAGAGCUCUGCCUAGCUGUGUAAGCCGGCCCUGCCUAGCUGUGUGAGCGCCCUGCCUAGCUCUGUGGGAGCGCCCUGCCUAGCUGGGCAGCACUCCUCCCCCUCCCUCCCGCCUACCCAGAGCGGUGCGCAAGCCCGCGUUUACGCACCCAAUGGGGAAACCCAUUCCACUGUGGCUCUCCGCAGUAUCAAAAUUGGUUAAUACCCAACUGACUAAUACCGAAUCCAUCGAGAUGAGCAUUUCUUCCUCGACAAAUCUU